AUGGAAAACAAAGAAGAUAAUAACCCUCAUGAACAAAUGAAUUCCACCCGGCUCUGCUUUCCACCAGCAGGAAUUAGAGGCACAAUUGUUUGGUUGUUCAUCCUCAUCUCCACUCUUUACAUUCUCUAUUCCUCAAACUUCCUGUUAAACAAAUAUGUCCAAGUCUGUAAAGACGCCAACCAUCUCAGUAAAAACUCAUCCUUAUCCACUUCUCUCAAACUCGACCAAGAAGAAGAAGGCGAAAACAGAGUCUACCCCAAGAAACCAAAAAUAUACGACACGGAGCUUAAGCACAUUGUGUUUGGGAUUGCAGCUUCAUCAAAUUUGUGGGAGAGAAGAAAAGAGUACAUAAAAGUAUGGUGGAGGCCUAAGGAGACAAGAGGGGUAGUUUGGGUGGAUAAAGAAGUGAGUAGUAGUACAAGUGAAGGGUUGCCUGAGACAAGAGUUUCAGGAGAAACAUCACAAUUCAGCUAUUCUAACAUUCAGGGACAUAGAUCAGCAUUAAGGAUAUCGAGAGUUGUAUCGGAGAUGUUUAGGCUUGGAAUGGAGGAUGUGAGGUGGUUUGUGAUGGGUGAUGAUGAUACAGUUUUUGUGGUGGAAAAUGUGGUGAGAAUACUUUCUAAAUAUGACCACACACAGUUUUAUUACGUUGGGAGUUCAUCAGAGAGUCAUAUUCAGAAUAUAUAUUUUUCAUAUUCUAUGGCAUAUGGUGGCGGUGGAUUUGCAAUAAGCUAUCCAUUGGCAAAGGAAUUGCAGAAAAUGCAGGACAGAUGCAUACAGAGAUAUCCCGGAUUGUAUGGCAGCGACGACAGGAUUCAUGCUUGUAUGGCUGAGCUCGGUGUGCCUCUCACAAAGGAAUUUGGCUUUCAUCAGUAUGAUCUAUAUGGAGACCUAUUAGGCCUUCUAGCAGCUCAUCCUGUGACUCCAUUGGUGUCAUUGCAUCAUCUAGAUGUAGUGGAACCGAUAUUUCCAGGCAUGAAUCGAGUCAAAGCCAUGCAACACUUAUUUCAAUCUGUCAACAUCGACUCAGCCAGUAUAAUACAACAGUCUAUCUGCUAUGACCACACACGAUCCUGGUCCAUCUCUGUGUCAUGGGGUUUCGUGGUUCAAAUCUUUAGAGGAAUUAUCUCUCCAAGGGAGCUUGAAAGACCGUCAAGAACAUUUCUCAAUUGGUACAAGAGAGCUGAUUACACAGCUUAUGCAUUCAACACUAGGCCUAUGGCCAAGCACCCCUGUCAACACCCCUUUAUUUUUUAUAUGCACAAGGUUAGCUAUCACAAGGCUAGCAACCAAACAGUUGGAUUUUACAAUCGCCAUGAAUCUCGCCGCCGCUAUUGCAGAUGGAAGUUGGAGUCUCCAGAGACAGUUGACACCGUUGUAGUCUUCAAAAAGCCAGAUCCUCAACGUUGGCAGAAGGUAAGAAGAAACAUGAUAUAUAUUUGCAGGAAGCAAUUUGAUACAUGA